UCCGCCCGGACACUGAUGACGCGCUGUCAGGUCUCACCCCCAUUGGAUGACGCGAUCCCGGGGAACCAAUCAGCGUCGCCGCGGGCACUGGUUAUAAAGUCCACGCAGCCCGCGGGACUCAGACGCCCCGGAUCGCAGACGGGGACGAUGGCGCCGCGCACGCUGCUCCUGCUGCUGGCGGCCGCCCUGGCCCCGACCCAGACCCGCGCGGGCUCACACUCGAUGCGGUAUUUCGAGACCGCCGUGUCCCGGCCCGGCCUCGGGGAGCCCUGGUACAUGGAAGUCGGCUACGUGGACGACACGGAGUUCGUGCGCUUCGACAGCGACGCGGAGAAUCCGAGGAUGGAGCCGCGCGCGCGGUGGAUGGAGCAGGUGGGGCGGGAGUAUUGGGAGCUGAACACACGGAACGCCAAGGGACAUGAGCAGAGUUACCGAGUGAACCUGAGGACCGCGCUCCGCUACUACAACCAGAGCGAGGGCGGCUCUCACACGUUCCAGCGCAUGUACGGCUGUGACGUGGGGUCGGACGGGAGCCUCCUCCGCGGGUACACACAGUACGCCUACGACGGCCGCGAUUACAUCGCCCUGAACGAUGACCUGGAAACGUGGACGGCGGCGGACACGGCGGCGCAGAUCACCCGACGCAAGUGGGAGCAGGCUGGUGAAGCAGAGAUAUACAGGGCCUACCUGGAGGGCGAGUGCGUGGAGUGGCUCCUCAGACACCUGGACCGCGGGAAGGAGACGCUGCUGCGCACAGAUCCCCCAAAGGCACAUGUGACCCAUCACCCCAGAUCUGAAGGUGAAGUCACCCUGAGGUGCUGGGCCAUGGCCUUCUACCCUGCUGACAUCACCCUGACCUGGCAGUUGAAUGGGGAGGACCUGACCCAGGAUAUGGAGCUUGUGGAGACCAGGCCUUCAGGGGAUGGAACCUUCCAGAAGUGGGCAUCUGUGGUGGUGCCUCUUGGGAAGGAGCAGAGUUACACCUGCCAUGUGGAACAUGAGGGGCUGUCUGAGCCCCUCACCCUGAGAUGGGAGCCUCCUCCAUCCACUCCUUCAUCCACUGACUCUAACAUGGUGAUCAUUGCUGUUCUGGUUGUCCUUGGAGCUGUGGCCAUCAUUGGAGCUGUGGUGGCUUUUGUGAUGAAAAGGAGGAGAAACACAGCUUUUCUUCUCACAGGUGGAAAAGGAGGAGACUAUGCUCCAGCUCCAGCAUGAAGACAGCAGCCUGGAGUGAACUGAGUGACAGCAGUGUGUUGAGGUCUCUCCUGUGACAUCGCCCAGUUCUCUUUAGGCAACACUGUCUGAUGUUCCCUGUGAUCCUGUGGGCUCAUGUGAAGAACUAUGAAGCUCAGCCUGCCCCUGCACACCAGAACCCUGUCCCUGCACUGCCUGUGUUCCCUUCCACAGCCAACCUUACUGGUCCAGCCAAGCACUGGGAGACAUCUGCAUCCUGUCAGCUCCAUGCUGCCCUGAGCUGCAGCUUCUCACUUCCACACUGAGAAUAAGAAUCUGAAUGUGAAUUUGAUUGUUAACAUCUUGACCUGAGGGUUGGCUGCUAGUUAAUUUCAUGAAUUGAGAAUACUUAAGAGAUUUUUGAAGAAAUAAAUUGGCAGAUGGAGAACCUUCCAGAA